UCCUCCAUUGGCCAAACUGCAACAGUCCUCCGUCGCGGAGCUAGCAUUGCUGGGGCCGGUUCUGCAGGACUUGUGUCUCUUUGUCCCUCCGCCAGCUCUUCAUCUGUUUCUACUCCCACUUCCUCCAAUAUUUUAGCCACUUCAUCUCCAUGUUUAAGUUCGAGUUCUGGCCCUGGAACGACCAGCUCAGGGCCCACCGCCACUACGACCGCCAUCAGUUCUACUGCAGGUAACAGCAGCGCCGGAGGAGCUGGUAAUGCAGGUGCAUUUACAGUAGCUUUAGCUUGCCAUCGUCUCUCGCCUGCAAUAAGCUCUAAUGCCGCCUUAACUUCCUCUUCUUCGUCGUCAGGCGUUUCUACUAUUUUUACCACACCUCACCAGCAACAAUCACUGUUUGCGAGCAGCGGUACUUCUGGUCGGAUAUCUUGUAGCAGCUCUUCUCUUCAUGUUGAGCCGUGCACUAGUGGUGGUUCUGGUGUCACUGGUAUUGGCAUCAAUGGAAAUGGGCUCAUAAGCCUUCCAAUAACUGGCCAACCUGGAGGCGCUAGCCUGUCGCAGAUUAUACGACCUCGACAACCUGCUGUAUAUGCCCUUCAGCAUUCAUGCUAUUGGUAA